CAAAGUGUGAAUUAGUUCUAAGGGGUAAACGGAAAAGGGAACUCCUUAAACAUCAUGCAAGAUCAAGAUCCUUGGGCCCAUCUCCGGCUCCCCAGCAGCGGGCCGGCGGGCUAGACGGCGGAGCCGGGGAGGGUGGGGAGACGUUACGUUGACGCUGGCGUGACCCUUCCGGAGAAUUUGGCGGGAUCUCCGAAAGUUGCCGGGCGGGGAGAGCUCUGCCGCUUGAGACUCUGGUCUGAGGAGAGCUGACGCGCCCUGAGGGGCGUAGUUGGGAGCUAAAACUCGCAGGCGUUGUGUGCAGAAAGCCGGAGCAAGGGAGUAGAGAAGUUGGCAGCAAAGGAGGGCGUCUGAAGCCCGUCCGGGGUCGGGCGCGGACCAGACCAGCGGACAGAAGUCGGGGCGCGCAGCCCGCCCGAGUGAGAAGCGCUGUGGACCGAGUAUUGAUUGCGGAGUAAUGGCUAUGCAAAUGCAGCUUGAAGCAAAUGCAGAUACUUCAGUGGAAGAAGAGAGCUUUGGCCCACAACCUAUUUCACGAUUAGAGCAAUGUGGCAUAAAUGCCAAUGAUGUGAAGAAAUUGGAAGAAGCUGGAUUCCAUACUGUGGAGGCUGUUGCCUAUGCACCAAAGAAGGAACUAAUAAAUAUUAAGGGGAUUAGUGAAGCCAAAGCAGACAAAAUUCUGACGGAGGCAGCUAAAUUAGUUCCAAUGGGUUUCACUACUGCAACUGAGUUCCACCAAAGGCGGUCAGAGAUCAUACAGAUUACUACUGGCUCAAAAGAACUUGACAAACUACUUCAAGGAGGAAUUGAAACAGGGUCCAUCACAGAGAUGUUUGGAGAAUUCCGAACUGGGAAGACUCAAAUCUGUCAUACGCUGGCUGUAACAUGCCAGCUUCCCAUUGACCGAGGUGGAGGAGAAGGAAAGGCCAUGUACAUUGACACUGAGGGUACCUUUAGGCCAGAACGGCUGCUAGCAGUGGCUGAGAGAUAUGGCCUCUCUGGCAGUGAUGUCCUGGAUAAUGUAGCAUAUGCUCGAGGGUUCAACACAGACCACCAGACCCAGCUCCUUUAUCAAGCAUCAGCCAUGAUGGUAGAAUCUAGGUACGCACUGCUAAUUGUAGACAGUGCCACUGCCCUCUACAGAACGGACUAUUCGGGUCGAGGGGAGCUUUCAGCCAGGCAGAUGCACUUGGCCAGGUUUCUGCGGAUGCUUCUGCGACUUGCUGAUGAGUUUGGUGUAGCAGUGGUAAUCACCAACCAGGUAGUAGCCCAAGUGGAUGGAGCAGCCAUGUUUGCUGCAGAUCCUAAAAAACCUAUUGGAGGAAAUAUCAUUGCUCAUGCUUCAACAACCAGACUGUAUCUGAGGAAAGGAAGAGGGGAAACCAGAAUCUGCAAAAUCUACGACUCUCCCUGUCUUCCUGAAGCUGAAGCUAUGUUUGCCAUCAAUGCAGAUGGAGUGGGAGAUGCCAAAGACUGAAACAUUGGGGUUUUUCCUGUGAUAAACCUUAAGUGCCUAAUGGAGAGGACUGCUCCCUGGGGUUCUUCAUAGGCCUCUUCCUGUUGUGACUGCCAGAAAAAGGCUUCCGGAAAAACAGCUAUUGUAUUGGCUUUUCUGAUGGUGUAAACAGGAGACAGGUCAGUAGUCACAAACUGAUCUGAAAUGUUUA